AUGGGCAACGGAGUGAUCCCAUUGAUGGUGGUGGCGAUGGUGCCCAUAAUCGCUGGCACCAUUGGUCAGCGUGCCCUCAGCCAGAGGAACGCUGCAUCGAACCUCGAUUAUCCAGACUAUUCGACCAAGUACGACGACGAGUAUCCGGUGGUAGUACCGAAACGAGCAGCACUUUUGUUCGACCGGCUGAUGGUUGCGUUGCAGAAAGUUGUCGACAACCAGGGCAGAGGAGAACUAAGUGGUAGUAGAACAUUCACAAGAUCAUCUGGGCCUCAUUUACCUGCUGGCAACUCGCAGAUCGUUCCCUCGAUGGACGAGCAAACAGUGAAGAUGGAUCUUCAACGACGUGGACAAGCCAAAGGGAGAGUCUAUUGGCGUUGUUACUUCAACGCCGUGACGUGCUUUAAGAGAAAGUGAUAACGAGCCGGCAACGGAACCACCAAUCUCCCCACCUCAACUCGAAAACCCGACUCGACCAUACGAGAUUCCUUGCAUGCUUUUCCUGCUCAGAAGACGAACAAAUAAAUUUCAGCAAAC